UCCUGCUGCUAGAUUGAUGUAGCAUUUUACUGGAAGCAGUCAUCCCUUGCUUGCUAGCCAAUAUGGUAACAUUUAAUUGGUUGCAAAUGACAACGUAAUGGCGUCUUUACAAUGCUUCUUGUUUUCGUUCGUUAGCCAUAUUUCCGUCUGAUUCAGCACCCUUGACAGUUAAAUGGCAGUUCCCUUCAAAAUCCCCAAGAGAAAACAGCCAUCAGAAGCUGACAACAUGCACAUGCUGUCCCCUCUCUCACGUCUCCGGGAUACCUCCAGCCCAUUCGAGACAAGCUGGUGCAAUGGCUCUUCAAAUGGAAAAAGGCCUGAACAGGUUGGCUCUCUGAAUGGACACAUCCCCAGAGCAGGGAAACAGAGCCAGUCAACAGGCUUCCAGAGACCAGCUCAGACCCCAGAACACCGUCCAGUUGCCAGCCAGAGAGGGAAUUCCCCAGAGCACAGCAAAUGGAGAGAGACCCCCAUGCCAAACACACUGUGGAGAUCACCCCCUCGCUGUCAGCUAGCAGUCAACGGAACACCUAGAAAGCAGACGGAGUCUCUGACUCAUAAGAAUCCACCUCACAUCCAAUCAAGCCCUGUGACAUCAUCAACACACAAAGCUGAACAAAGACUCCCAGCAGCCUCUCCUCCCUGCUUCAAAAACGGAUGGCGCCCUAAGAGGGCAUCAGACACACUGUGCCGGGAUAAGAAUCAAGGGACGGGGUGUGUGUCGCCACUGCUCAAGACGCCCCGGGCAGAGUUCAGUGAUUCCCAAAUGUCUGUGAGAUGCAGCCCAGUGGAGUCGGAGCAGGAUUCGGCAUCAGAACCGGCUCCAGAAAGAGAGGUGGACAGUUCCUCAAAGACGGACGACAGGCGCUCUGUCUCCCCAGGAGACUCAACAUGGAGGAGACGUGACUCUGGGAUGAAUGGAUCUCCACCACAAAACACAGAGAAGGAGAGGACGGGAAGCUCAGGAUCACUGCAGAAUCAGAUCAAGAGGACUAGUGGUUUACCAGGGACGGGCCCCAGGGGAAGUGUCCCUGUCCCAGCAGGCCACCGAAGCCAGAGCUCAGAUAGUGACGACCCUCCCGACCGCCCCUUGACGUCAGGGGCCAGAGGGGCAUCCACAGGGUCCCCGAGACACCCCCUCUCCGCUGUGGCUUCAGUGACCCAGGCCACACGGGAGACGCGGUUUUCCUUUAGCAGGCCUCCCCUCCGGGCUAACCUCACAGACAGAGAGAGGAGGCCUCCAACCAAGUGUCUCUCCCUCCAUCUCAGGCUGAGGAGGCCCAAGCCCCCCUCCACAGAACCUAUUGUGCUGUCCAGUGAGGAUGAGGAGGACAUGGAUGAUGAAGAAGAGUGCCCCAGGCUGAAGACCCCACAACAGAGCCCCAGGCAAGGCCAACCCACCCCAGAGGAACAUGUACUCAAACAGGCUGUGGUUGGAGAGAAGGUCAUUGGGUCACAGAGCGUAUCGGAGCACCAACCUGGCAACACACAGCCACUGCCUCCUAUCAUGGAACUGUCCUUCUCUACACUGCACGCUGGGGUGGUCCGAGCACAGGCCAAUGGAAACCUGGUGGUAACAGAUGAUGGCAUCACUCUACCGCUGAAAGAUUCCAGGGUGUCAUCUGAGGAGGAGGGGGGGGUGUCGGUGAGCCUGGUGGCGUCCCAGCUCAGGGGGUACGCGGUGUGGGACGGGGGUCUAGCCCAAGACGGGAGUCUCUUCCAGGGUUGUCCCGGCCGAGCGGCCCCCUCCCUGCUCUUCCUCUGGGUGUCUGAGGCCCAGGCCAACUUGGUGCAGACAGAGCUAUCAGCCCUCCACCCUGUUACACUGCCUGGUCAGGCCUGUCCAUUCCUCCUCCUGGUCCUAAGAGAACAGCUGGGUGAUCUGCAGGCUGCUCUGCUAGCCUCCAUGCUGGAUGUAGAGGCAUUCCGUCAGGGCCGCUCCUACGACCUGAAGAGCCCUCUGUCCUGGGCAGACGGCCUGGCACUGAUACACAGCUGUCCCCAGGACGCCCACCUGCUCACCCUGCUGGGGCAGAGCCUGGUGGCAGACCCCGGCCUGGGGGCAGCAAAGGGGAGCCCCAGUCGGACCAGAGCGAACCACAGAAGCAGAGAGCCUUACUCCAGACUCAAGGGCCUGCUGCCCACCAGGUUGAUCCAGUACCCACCACUCCCUUCUAAAGGAGGAAUCACCGUGACAACAGAGGACCUAGACUGUCUGGACAGUGGCCAGUUCCUCAAUGACGUCAUCAUCGACUUCUACCUUAAGUAUCUUCUCCUGGAGCGGGCCCCGGGGCCCCUGGCAGAGAGAUGUCAUGUCUUCAGCAGCUUCUUCUACAAGCAGCUGACCCGCCGGGACACGUCCCUGGAGGAGGAGGCUGCCAUCCCGGCCAGGGACAGGAGGCACCAGAGGGUGAGGACGUGGACCCGCCAUGUUGACAUCUUCAACAAGGACUACCUGUUUGUGCCUGUCAAUCACAAAGCCCACUGGUACCUUGUGGUGAUCUGUUUCCCUGGCCUGGAGCAGGCCCAGCAUGAGGAGUGGUCCGGCCCAGCUGGAGUGGAGGCCAACGGGGGGAAGAGGAAAUGCCAGCCCCAGGCUUCAACUGGGCCUUCUCCAGAGGCCAGCAACCCCAAACUGCAGAACGGAGCAGGUGGAACAGGGGGAGCCAGUGGGAAACCUAUAUUGAGGCCCAACAACCCACCAGCGUGUACCCAAGAUGGUUGUCAGAGGGAGACCAUCAUUAAGAAACCCUGCAUUCUCAUCAUGGACUCCCUGAAGAUCUCUUACCAUGAGAGCAUCUAUAAGCUCUUGCGGGAUUACCUACAUGUAGAGUGGGAGGUGCGUAGAGGAACACGCAGAGACUUCACUGUGGACAGUAUGAAGGCUUCCCACUGUACAGUCCCUCUACAGGACAACAGCAGCGACUGUGGCCUCUACCUCCUGCAGUACGUGGAGAGCUUUCUGCAGAACCCAGUGGUGCACUUUGACCUCCCCCUGCGUUUGGAGCGCUGGUUUCCACGGCAACAGGUGUGGAGGAAGAGGGAGGAGAUCCGGAGCCUGGUGAUGGAGCUGCACGGUCGCCAAGGCAACGGCGGGAGCAGCUGCAGGUAGCCAGGGUACCUGAUCAGCAAUGCACUACUACUACAAUACCCCUAAACUGUGAAGGACUUUUAUUUUUUAAAUGUACAAUACAUGUAAUAUUUAUACUAUUUUUGUAUUACUAUUUUUUAAAUAAAAUGUCUCAGGAUGUUUGUUUCUCACUUGUAUGUAAUGUGAAUGUACAAAAUAAUAGGAUUGUAAAAUUGAAUAAAAUUGUUGAUGUAAUGUUUAGGUUUUAUGUUACAUUAUAGAAGAGAGCAUUUGGAAUGGACAUUAUUACACAAGGAUAUGAGUGAGCACACACAUCUAGUUUGCUGAGCAGAAGCGUAACUCAUGUACCCAGAACAGGUUUCUUUUUCAAAUGUCCUUAUGACUCACACAUAAAACCACUAUAAAUAUUAAAGUCAAUAUUACUCAGUUCUUCCUGUUCCGUGUGUCCGGCUGUUGUUCCUGACCAUCGGUCAUAAAGGACUCAAUAUGCACAUGAUUGUUAGCAGCUGCUAAACAAUAGUGUUAUCACUACAGACGAGUCAACAUGUUGGCAGAGUUUUACUUUUGGCUCGUCAUGAUGUAGCUGCUUAGUUUGUAAGAAAAGCCAAUGUUCCAGUGGGGAACACCGAGUAAGCUUACACAAUGACCGCUUGUAAUAUGAUGAUUAGAACAGCACCUCUCCCCUCUUCUGUUUACAGGCAGAACUAAAUUCCCCUCCAAGGUUGUGCUGUAUGAAAGUCUAGGGACCUGACUCACUCUGUCAUAAGAAACAGAAAUAACAUUCUCCCCACACAGUAAGGGUUUCCAUUUGGGUUUCUGUUUGUUUUCAUGGUGUAAACAUUGAUUUGUUAAUGGCAUGUUUAUAAUGAUGUAUUUACAAUAAUGUAUUUAUAAUGUGGUAUAUUCCUGGAUUAAAGAUGCUCCCAAAGUCUACCUAGCAACGGCUGGACAGAACUCUUCUGUCACCAUCACAAUAUUGUAGAGCGAGAAUCCCAGAUAUGACCUUUUAAGUUAUUGUGUGUUUUUCACACGGACACAGUUAAUAGGUUUUUCAGUUUGGGUCGUUAACACUAAGUCUGAUAGGAUAUGUGCUUAACCAUAUGUACUUAAUUGGGUUAAGUUGGUAGAAUGAGCGUUUUUGGAUAAUUGGAGUCUUUGGUGCAGCCUCACAGCAUGUGGGCCCCAGACAGAGCCCUCUUAGACAGGACAGAGCCCUCCUCCACCCCUACUGGUGUUGGAAGGGUUAAGGUCACCCCCCCACACCUCCCAAAUGAGUGGGGCUACCCUUUUCCUAUUCGCCCCAUCCAAAUCUCUACCCCAUUGAUUUAGCCACUGUCAGAAAAUGGCCCCACUACUACAGUAUAAAAACUAGUGUUUAUCAAUUCUUCCAUAUUGUUAUCCUAAUACUAUAAUUAUGUUGGCUUUAAUUCUGUCUUAUAGUUCAGUUAAAGCCGUAUAGUCAAAUGCAGUAGCCGGUUUGAAGGUUUAAAUUGUGCUGUUAAGGUAGCCACUGGUUCGCUAUGGAUGGGCUUUACGGCUGGGUUCAAGGGUUCCAUAGAAUGAGCCAAGGACAUCCAUACUGCUUAACUCGUCUUACACCUUCCAGCCUACAACUACUAAUGCAUUGGUUUAGGGUCUGGAGAUCAGGUCUGAGAUCAAUGUCCUUCCAAUAGAUCGGUCCAGAGAGUCAACAGGUAGUCUGGAGACGUGUUUUAUACAGAACCGUGUUAAAGCAGUUUGAAGUUAGUUUUGUUUUUAUUUACACAUAGUUAAACUCAUUUAAAUGGGCUAACAUCAAAUCUACUUUGUAAUGACAAUAAAGAAACUCCAAGUGA